AUUUAUCGCCGGUUAAUCAAAACCGACUUUCAAGUUUCAAUCACUCCCAGAUUCGUCAACCAUGUCUUCUCUCAGGCGAUCAACUCCCUCCAUUCACCACCAAAUCCGUUCAAUAUCCUCAACACCACCUUCAUUGAUCGCAACAUCAAUCACCACCGCCGCCCCCGAUUCUCAUAACAGAAACCCUAGUUUACUGCGAUGGCUUUCCGCCGUCGUCGCAGGCACCGGCGUCGGGAUCUCUCUUUACUGGUGCUCACCUUCUGUAUCGUCGACAUACGCGGUGAAAUCAGCUUUGGGUUUUGCUGAUUGGAUGACGGCAACUGCUGACAGAUUUAAGGAAUUGUACGACGGCCAGCCUUUGUCAAGUUCUAGUUUCUUCAUCAGAGAUGCGUUGCGGAGAAGAAUCUUCUUCAACUAUGAGAAAAGAUUGAGGAUGUUAAGUCCUCCUCAAAAGUGACUAGUGAGAACAGUGUGGUCAUCUAAAAUAAGAUAAGAUCUAUUUGGGAUUAUAUAUUUCUACACAAUUGUUCAACUUCAACUUGCCUAUUGUUUCUCGUUUUGUAAUAAGUCUUUCAACUUCCAAACCUUUUUGUAUGUUUUAUGGCAGGCACACUGACCUUGGUUCUAGCAUAUCUAUGGUGGAUAUGAUUCCAAAGGUAUUUGAAUACUUUGCAUCAGUCAGGACUACAAGAGGGGAAAUUCUUAUGACACCUGGCGAUUUGAUGCGUGCAAUUGUUCCUGUAUUCCCUCCUUCUGAAUCAAACCUUGUACGCGAUGGAUCUCUUAGAGGAGAAAGACGUCCAGGAGAAUUGCAUUGUGCUCCUUCAGAAUUUUUCAUGCUUUUUGAUGUCAACAAUGAUGGGCUCAUAUCUUUUAAAGAGUAUAUAUUUUUUGUUACACUACUCAGCAUACCCGAGUCCAGCUUUUCAGUCGCUUUUAAAAUGUUUGACAUCGACAAUGAUGGGGAGAUAGAUAGAGAAGAAUUUAAAAAAGUGAUGGCUUUAAUGCGAGGUCAUAAUAGACAAGGCGCUUAUCAGAAGGGUGGAAAUCGCACUGGAUUUAAAGUUGGAGGUCGUUUAGAAAAUGGAGGACUUGUGAACUACUUUUUUGGUGAAGAUGGAAACAAACGCUUACAACUUGAAAAAUUUGUUCAAUUUCUACGGGAUCUCCACCAUGAGAUGAUAUGGUUGGAGUUUUCACAUUAUGAUUUCAAAUCAAGUGGGACAAUAUCAGCUAAGGAUUUUGUGUUGUCAAUGGUGGCAUCUGGUGAUAUACGACAUAUGAACAGGUUGCUUGAUCGUGUUGAUGAGUUGGAUCAUGAGUCUCACUUGAAAGACAUACGGAUUUCAUUUGAGGAAUUUAAAAACUUUGCUGAAUUACGUAAAAGAUUGCAACCCUUUUCUCUUGCCCUUUUCAGCUACGGAAAAAUCAACGGGUUUUUGACUAGGAAUGAUUUUCAACGAGCUGCUUCUCAUGUAUGUGGGAUAUCGUUGAGUGAGAAUGUAAUUGAGCUGAUUUUUCACUUAUUUGAUGCAAAUCAAGAUGGGCAUUUAUGUUCGGAUGAGUUUUUACGGGUUAUGCAUAGACGGGAAAGAGAAAUAGCUCAACGCACAAAGUCCGGAAUCAUGAAUCCCGUGUGAUUCAAUUCCAUUCCAGAGGUACAUACAACAACACAGGAUUUGCUGACUUGUUGCUGACGUAAGCUGAGGUAGAGAUUUAGGAACAAAAUAUGGAGAACUUGUAUUUGUGAUUCAUUGUUGGUAAUGAUGUUGUCACAUUUUUAUAUAAUGUAUAGUCGCACUACUUGGCAUUUGGAUAUUAUAUAUUAUUACUACCUUCACCU